GGCAGCAACUUUAGCUCAAAUCCUUCAAUCUCUGUUCCGAUUUUUACAAAACCCACAAUGUUCAGUAAAAUGUCGGCGGCUAGAUUUGGAAUCCGUUCCUACUGGGUUGUAAUCCACUCCGGAUGCAGAGGUUCUCCGUGUAGCUAGGUAAAAUGGCAGUAUUGAGCCUCGUGUCGGAGUGAGUCGGUCGAUCGCGAGCUGCUGAGUCUCGCUGAAGAAAAACUGACCGACUUUUUAUAUGCAUCGUAUUGCGUGAUUCGGUUUCCCCGGCAUCGGCGAAUUGGCGUCUCCAGACACGGGGCUGGGAACCCGGAUUUCGAUCCGGUACCGGGGGAGUAAUGUGCCGGCAGAAGAAGGGCUCGGUGCUUUGAGACAAACAGAUUGUAGGCGAAGUGGAAAGCAAAGAGGUAGAGACGGGAGCGGUGUUUUUAAAGGGACAAACCAGUGUUGUUUGAGAGAGAUUGAAGAAAGGAGCGUGGGGGUGCUAAGAGCCGCCUGGAACAACUAAGAAGGAUUAUGGCAGCUCAGGUUGCUACUGUCGCUAGUCUCGGCAACCCACCCUCAGAGUUGAAGAAAGCAGACCGGGAGACGCUGGAAGAGCCUGGCACCGAGGUUGUGGAAGAGCGCGGUGAGAAACAGGCGGCACUGGAACUGGAGGGCCCGGACCCAAAAGAACUACAGUCGUCUCAGCAGGAUGGGGCCGAGAACAGCAACAGCAGUAGCGGCAGCAGUAGCAGCAAUGGUGGGGUUGGCAGCGGAGGGGGAGGAGGCGACCAAGACUUAAAGAACUCCAAUGGUAAUGUGAGUUCUCGGGCCGCUGUCUUGAACAGUAACUUGUCUGCUGGCGUGGAACAAGGAGCUGAUGGUAUGGGUAACAGCAUUUCGGGGAUGGGCCACCCUCACCCGACCGUAGUGCCUCCUUCUGCCUACGGCUACAGCCCACAUUACAGUAGGGGCCCUUUUCAUCAACAUGGCGGACAACAAAGCCCUGGCAUGGCAGCAGCAAUGCAGAGUAGCAGUGGCGGGGGCAUGGAACCCUCUGCUUACCCAGGUCAGCAAAAUUCUCACGAACAUAUAAAUUUCAGCAACCAUCAUUAUAGUUCUUAUGGUUCGUACUCAAACAGGGCCGCUUAUCCUAGCCAGGGUUAUGCAGUCAGCUCCCCACGGAACAGUAACAGCCAGCAGGCCGGGGUACCCCCUGGUAACAAGCCUUCCUUGGUGUCCUCUUUCCAACAGCAGCAGCAACAUCAACAACAGCAGCGGUUCGGGCAUGGUCCUGGGACUGGAACCCAUCAGGCCACUUCCACUCCGACCUUAAACCAGCUUCUGACAUCCCCUAGCACAGCUAGAGGUUACCAGAACUUCGUAGGAUCUGAUUAUAGUAAUAGUCCUCAGGAUGGGAGCAGCAAGGGACCAGCAGACAUGGUGAACCAGUAUGGUGGUGGCAACCAGGUUUGGGUAGUAGGAGGGCAACAAAGGAGCCACCAUGCCCCCAUGAGCCCCGGUAACUCUGGACAGCCUCACACAGCCAGAACCCAGCCUUCAAGCCCAAUGGAUCAGAUGGGGAAGAUGAGGCCACAGCCAUACAGUUCAAGUAGUCCAUACACACAACAGCAGGGGCCUGCCUCUGUUUCACAGCAAGGGCCCACCUAUUCUGGGCAACCUUAUGGACCUCAAGCUCCACGAUACCCAGUUAAUAUGCAGAACAGAACUCAGAAUGCUAUGAGUGGUAUGCAUUAUCAGUCGCAGAUGACAUCAUACACUCAACAGAACCCAGCUGGAUAUGGGCAGCAGAAUCAGAUCUCCUAUUAUAAUCAGCAAAGUCCUCAUGCCACGCACCAAGGUUCAUUCUCACAGCAGCAACAGUCUCAGCCUCCUUAUUCACAACAGCCAUCCCAGUCUUCACAGCAUCAGCCAUCUCAACUGCAGUAUUCUCAACAGCCUCAGCCUUCUCAGCCGCAGUCACAGUCGCCAUAUUCUUCACAACAGCAGCAGACUCCACCUCAUCAUCCACAGACUCCAUCACCAUACUCUCAGCAGCAUUCACAAACUCCUUACCCUUCUCAGCAAACAUCACAGCAGCCAACAGCAACAGCCCCUGCUGCACAGUCACAAUCUCAGGCAUCACAACCUUCUGCUCAUCCUUUACAACAGCAGCAGCAACCACCUCAGCCUUCUGCUUACUCCCAGCCUGCUCCCCAGCAACAACAGCAGUCCUCGUAUACUCAGCGAUACCCUCCUCCGCAGCAGGAAUUGUCUCAGGACUCAUUUAGUUCACCACCACCACCAACUACUCCCAUGCCGUCUGGCAAAGCAGGGCAGGAAGAUAUGAGUCUCAGCAUGCAGGCACGACCUUCCAGUUUACCGGAUCUUUCUGGUUCCAUUGAUGAUUUGCCCAUGGGAGCUGAAGGAGCACUGAGUCCAGGAGUGAGCACUUCAGGAAUCUCUAGCAGCCAGGGAGAGCAGAGUAAUUCGGCACAGUCUCCAUUUUCUCCCCAUACCUCCCCUCACCUUCCAGGCAUUCGUGGACCUUCUCCUUCCCCUGUUGGGUCUCCUGCCAGUGUUACUCAGUCUCGGAGUGGGCCAUUGUCACCAACUGCUGUACCAGGUACACAAAUGCCACCUCGACCACCAAGUGGCCAGGCAGAAGGUAUUAUGCACCCAGCAAUGAGUCAGUCAAAUAUAAGCCAGGAGAGGAUCCCAUCAGGGUACUUGCAAAGGAAUCCUCAGAUAGUCCAGUAUGGUUCCCCUCAGUCCAAUUCCUCCUUGUCUCCUCGUCAGUCUUCUGGAGGACAGAUGCAUGGUGGGAUGGGACCCUAUCCACAGAACAACUCUUUAGGAAGCUAUGGACCUCAGGGAAGCCAGUAUGGACCUCAAGGAAGUUAUCCCAGACAGCCAAACUACAAUUCCAUGGCAAGUACUGGCUACCCCAGUCCAGGAAUGGGUGGAAACAUAAAUACAAUGGGAGGAGGCAGUCAGAUUCAUGGACAAACAGGAGGUCCCCCAUAUGGUGGAAUGCCUUCUGGGAGAAUGAUUCAUGGACAGAUGGGAGCUCGGCCAUAUGGACCAAACUUGGGUAACAUGCCUCCACAAAUUGGAUCUGGGAUGUGCCCUCCACCUGGGACGAUGAGUAGGAAAGUGCAGGAGGCAGCUGUCGCUAUGCAUGCUGUAAACUCAAUAUCUAGCAGGCCACCUGGAUACCCUAACAUGAACCAGGCAGGAAUGCUGGGUGCUGGCCCCCCUUUUGGUCAGGGAAUGAACAACAUUUCUGGUAUGAUAAACCCACAAGGACCCCCUUAUUCAAUGUCUGGAGGGAUGGUCAACAGCACAGCAGGGAUGACUUCAAGUCCAGAGAUGAUGGGAUUGGGGGAUGUUAAAAUGACACCAUCUCAGAAGAUGAAUAACAAAGCAGAUGGAACAUCAAAACCUGAAUCCAAAUCAAAGAAGUCAAGUUCCUCUACCACAACAAAUGAAAAGAUUACAAAGCUGUAUGAGUUGGGUACGGAACCAGAACGAAAGAUGUGGGUUGAUCGUUACUUGGCCUUUACUGAGGAAAAAGGGAUGGCAAUGACAAACCUUCCAGCUGUAGGCAGAAAACCUUUGGAUCUUUUUCGCCUCUAUAUCUCUGUCAAGGAGAUUGGUGGUCUGACACAAGUCAACAAAAAUAAAAAAUGGCGUGAACUGGCCACCAUCUUGAAUGUGGGAACUUCAAGCAGUGCUGCCAGCUCUUUGAAGAAACAGUAUAUCCAGUGUUUGUUUGCUUUUGAGUGUAAGAUUGAGAGGGGUGAAGAUCCUCCUCCAGAAGUCUUUGUUGCAGCAGAAUCUAAAAAAUCUCAGCCAAAGAUUCAGCCGCCAUCUCCUGCUGGUUCAGGGUCACUGCAAGGUCCACAAACCCCCCAGUCUACUACCAGCUCGUUGACUGAAGGAAGUGAUUUAAAACCCCCAACACCAGUCUCAACACCCCAUAGUCAGAUGACACCACUGCCUGGAGUUAGGAAUAACUCUGUGAAUCUCCAGGAUACCUUUGUUGAUGGUGACACAGUUUUCCAGAAAAGAAAUUCUAUAACUCCAAAUUCAGUGUACCAGUCUGCUAUGAACACUUCUGAUAUGAUGGGACGAAUGUCUUUUGAACCCAAUAGAGAUCACUAUGGACCUGUGAGGAAAGCUCCUGGAACUGACCCAUUUAUACCUGCUGGGCAGGGCCCUAGUAGUGGACUGGGAGAUCCUUACAGUCGGAACACAGCAGCAGGCCUGGGCAAUAUGGGAAUGGGACCACGGCAACAGUAUUCUUAUGGAACCCCGUAUGAUAGAAGACCAGAACCUGGUAUGGUACCUGAAGGCAGUAUGAGUGUACCAGUGACAGCACAGCCAAAUAUGAUGCCUUCCAGUGCGGAGUCUGGGAUGUACUCCCCAAACCGUUACCCUCCUCAGCAGCAGCGGCACGAGUCGUACAGCAGUCAGUAUCCUGGUCAAGGAGCAGCACCGAGCACUCCAUAUGCCAGCCAGCAGAGUGGAAUAUAUGCUCAGCCACAGCAACAGUCACCUGCUCCACUGCAGCAGCAGCAACCAUCACAGCAGCCACCACCUCCUCCACAACCACAGCCACCGCAACAGCCGCCACCACAGCAGCAACCACCACCACCACCACCACCACAGCAGCAGAACUACAAGCGACCACUUGAUGGGGGAUAUGGGCCCCCUCCCAAGCGGCAUGAGGGAGAAUUGUACAGUGUACCAUAUGGCGGACAGCAGCAGCAGACACAGCCACCAACAUCUCAGCAAGAGAUUUAUAACCAGUAUGGAAGUGCUUACCCUGGCACAGAACGGAGACAAGCAGCUCCUCAAAAUCAGUUCCCAUUUCAGUUUGGUAGAGACAGAGUACAGGCCUCCCCUAGUUCUACAGCACAACAGCCAGUACCUCAGCAGAUCAUGAACAACUCUAUGCAGACAAGUGCUGAAGGCCCACAGCAGAGUUCAGCAUGGCAAGGACGCAGUGAAAUGGCAUACAAUUAUACAAAUCGUCAAGGCCAUGGUACACCAACACAAGGCCCUGCUUACCAUGGCAUGAACCGGACAGAUGAGGUAAUGCAUUCAGAACAAAGGAUAAACCAUGAGGGACAAUGGUCAUCUCAAGUCAGUCAGCGUGCACCUACUUAUGGUCCCUCUGCCCCUGUUGCCCCAAUGACACGACCCCCUCAAGCUAACUUCCAGCCUGCUGCUACUACUGCCUUGCAAAAUCACAUUCCCCAGGUGUCGAGCCCUGCCCCAGUACCCCGCCCCAUGGAAGCAAGGACAUCGCCAAGCAAAUUACCCUUUCUUCCCACAGGGGUGAAAAUGCAAAAGGCUGGCCCACCUGUACCUGCAUCCCACAUUUCUCCAGCCCCUGUUCAGCCACCAGUGAUUCGACGAGACAUUACUUUUCCAGCAGGAUCAGUAGAGGCAUCACAACCUAUCUUAAAACAGAGGAGAAGACUGACUACUAAGGAUAUUGGAACUCCUGAAGCAUGGAGGGUGAUGAUGUCCCUUAAAUCUGGACUGCUGGCUGAGAGCACAUGGGCCUUGGAUACCAUAAAUGUUCUGCUGUAUGACGACAACAGCAUUAUGACUUUUAACCUUGGUCAGCUGCCGGGAUUGUUGGAGCUUCUGGUAGAGUAUUGUCGUCGCUGCCUUAUUGAGAUCUUUGGUAUUCUAAAGGAGUACGAAGUUGGAGAUCCAAGACAGAAAAUGCUGCUAGAUCCAGAAAAAUUUAAAAAGCUUCACAACUCUGAACCUGUGGAAUGUCUAGAAGAUGACCAGACUUCAACAUGUGAAGAAGAAGCAGCUUUUGCAUCUGAAGAGAGUUUACCAUCAGAAUCUGAGGAGACUCCAAAGCAAGCUAGUAAAUUUGAUAGAUAUCCCUUAAAGAUUGUAAAAAAGAAUGAUCCAUUUGUGGUGGAUUGUUCCAACAAACUAGGGCGAGUUCAGGAGUUUGACAGUGGACUGGUGCACUGGCAGAUUGGUGGAGGAGACACUACAGAACACAUCCAGACUCACUUUGAGAGCAGAAUAGAGCUGCCAGUUCGAAAACGGACACCCAUCAUUUCUGUUUCUAAAAGGAAACAGCUAAACAAACAGGUGACUAAAGAGGGAGAUGCUUCAUCAUUAGUUAGGGCACUAGAAGAAAGUAUUGCAGCAAGCGUAGGGGAUGUGCUUUCUGCAAGGACUGACUCAUUGACAGCAGAAGAUCACACAGACUCCGCGGAAGCAGACAUUGAUAAUGGCAAGCUUCCAAUUGGUGUCAGUCCUUCUCAGGACCAUCAGAACAUUAAAAUUUUUGAGGAUGAGCCAUGUAGCAAGGAUGAAACCCCACUAUGUACAGCAUCGGACUGGCAAGACUCUCUAGCUAAACGCUGUAUUUGUAUAUCUAAUAUCAUUAGAAGUUUAUCCUUUGUGCCUGGAAAUGACUUAGAAAUGUCUAAACACCCAGGACUGCUGCUAAUUCUAGGUAAACUAAUUGUGCUUCACCAUGAGCACCCAGAACGCAAACAGGCUCCACUGACUUAUGAGAAAGAUGAGGAGGAGGAGGAAGGGGUGAGCUGUGACAAGGAUGAGUGGUGGUGGGACUGUUUGGAAAUGCUGCGUGAAAACACCCUUGUUACUUUGGCCAAUAUUUCUGGUCAGCUUGAUCUCUCUCAAUAUCCAGAAAGUAUCUGUUUGCCAAUUCUAGAUGGUCUGCUUCAUUGGGCAGUGUGUCCUUCUGCAGAGGCCCUGGAUCCCUUCCCCACCCUUGGGCCCAAUGCUGUUCUUUCCCCUCAAAGACUAGUCCUCGAGUCCCUAAGCAAGUUAAGUAUCCAGGACAACAAUGUUGAUUUAAUUCUAGCUACACCACCUUUUAGCCGCUUGGAGAAACUCUAUGGGACACUGGUACGUGUAUUAGGUGACAGAAAAACAGCAGUAUGUCGGGAGAUGGCUACAGUUUUGUUGGCUAAUUUAGCCCAGGGAGACAGUUUGGCAGCCAGAACCAUUGCAAUGCAAAAGGGUAGCAUUGGAAAUCUGCUAGGUUUUCUAGAAGACAGCUUGGCAGCCACGCAGUUUCAACAGAGCCAGCCUAGCCUGAUACAUAUGCAGAAUCCGCCUUUCGAGCCAACAAGUGUAGACAUGAUGCGUAGGGCAGCACGGGCUCUUUUAGCACUGGCUAAAGUAGAAGAGAACCAUUCAGAGUUCACGUUAUAUGAGUCAAGGCUGCUGGACAUCUCAGUGUCACCUUUGAUGAACUCUUCAGUUUCACAAGUGGUUUGUGAUGUACUGUUUUUAAUUGGCCAGUCAUGACAACUGUGGGAUGUCUUAACCCCUGAGUGCGUGCGUGUGAGUGGAAACUUAGAAACUGAAUGUUUUUUGUUGUUUUAUUUAUGCAAAACCACCUCAAAUUCCACUAUUUGCCCUGUCCUGCUCCUUACUUUGAAAGGAUAACCUGAAUUCUUUACAAGUUCUGCCUGUGUAGAAGACUUAUUUUUUUAUGUUUGUUUUUAUUUUUUACCAAAGUUGCUGUGCUGUUUACAGUGAAUUUGGGGAAAGAAGAAAAAAAAUAUAUAUAUACACAUACA